CCCAGCAGUGCGCCCACCUGUGCCCAGCAAUGCACCCACCUGUGCCCAACAGUGCGCCCAAUGUGCCCAGCAAUGCACCCACCAGUGCCCACCUGUGCCCACCAGUGCCACCCACCAGUGCCCAUCAGUGCAGCCCAGCAGUGCUGCCAGUCAGUGCCACCAGUCAGUGCCCAGCGGUUGUGCCAGUCAUCAGUGCCACCUAUCAGUGCUGUCUAUCAGUACCCAUUAUCAGUGUCGCCUAUCAGUGCCACCUAUCUGUGACACCUCAUUAGUGCUGCCCAUCAGUGCCACCCAUCAAUGAUGCCCAGCAGUGCCGCCGGUCAGUGCCGUCUGUCAGUG